GUAACGCCGAGACACUGAGAAAAGGAAGACAGAAAGAUAGGCGGGGUCACAGUGGGCAACCAAGCUGAAGAGAGCGAGAGAGAGAGAGAGAGAGAGAGAGAGAGAGAGAGAGAGAGAGAGUGAGUGAGAGAGAGAGAGAGAGAGAGAGAGAGAGUGUGUGUGUGUGUGUGUGUGUGAUCAGCAGCAGAGGGUGAUCAAGCUUUCAAGCCAGAGAGCUGUAGCACUGCUCUGCUAGCUGUUCCAAUGACUACUCAAACCGUCACCACAAAACACCCAGGGAGCUCAGUGGAAGGACCAGAGCGCUGUGAGCUGAUUGGGUGGUGAGCUGAGCUGAUGUUCUCCGUGUGGCUCAUCGUGGAAUGGAUUUCAUUCUCCUGCCAUGGCCGAAGGCUGAAGAAGUGGAGUUUUGGUUUUGCACGGAACUUUUGCUUCUCCUGUUGGAGUUUGCUGAGUAAAGGUUGACUGCGCUUCGCCGGCUUAAGUCCCAGCGGUCCUUGGCGAGACGCUACCAGCGCUGGAACCUACGAGCAGCACAAGCAGAGGAGACAGGUGUUGGAGAACCCGAAGAAGGUGUGGGCUUCAGUGCGUUGGGCUGUGUGAGGCGUGUUUUGCGUGAUGCUGUGUGGUGGUGACCCCUGCCUCUCUCCAGGUCUCUCAUACACCCCAGAAUCCCAUGUGACCUAGUCCGGGCCCUCUGGCCUGGGGGAGUGCCCCAUGAAUCCCAGCCCGGACCGCAGCAAAGACUGCCUCCCGCCCAAGAAGAGGGAGUCCCGCCAGGGCUCGCUGGAACAGCGCCCUCCGGAGGACGACUUCAAACACCCGGCACCCCUGCGCAGCCGGAGGCAGCACCUGUCCGACGGGCGGGAGAACAGCGGCGAGUCGCGCUUCGACAGCAAAGACCUCCUCCCUCCUCCUCCACCUCCUCCUCCACCUCCUCCACCUCCUCCUCCGCUCCCUGGCCUUCCCCUGUCGUUGUCAUGGCAGAUCCCCUACUCCUCCGCCAUGCACCACCCGUACCUCCCCGGGCCUUCCGGGGACAGGCGCGGCUCAGGUUCGCCAUCCUGGAGGGACGCCCCCGGCGCCAGGGGGCUGGACGGCGGCCCGGAGCCCCCGGUUCCCCACCACUCCCGUUGGCUCCGGGGUGACGUCUCUCCGCUGGGUCUGCAUCCGCCCAUCUCCGUUCCUGCGUUUAAGAGCACCUAUGGGGUCGAGUCCAGGGACAUGUGGUCCUACCUGAGCUCCCCGCGGAGGGACUACGGCUCCUCCCUCUUCCCCUCCUCGCCGCUUUUCUCCCAGCCGUCGCUCUAUACCCCGGACCUCCUCACCGAGACCAGGCUCAGGUACCCCCCCAGGAGGCCCAACGGCCUGGACGGGCCGGGCGGCAGACCGGAGUCCGGAGGGAGGCCGGCCCCUGUUGGAGACUGUGGGAAUGACACCCGCUUCAGGCCCGGCGGCUCCCGUUCCAACGGCAGGAAGAGGCACCAGGAAGACCCCACGGCACGUGCCGCGGGACGAGGGUCCCUUUCCCAGGAGCUUCCCAAUGCACAUUCCUUCCUACACGACACGGACAGGGACCCUCUGGCCACGCCCCCCAAACUGCCAGCAGCCCAGGACUACGCCUCGGACACCCGACUGGGAAAGCCAUCCGCUGCCCACGAGCCCGCCGCUGUGAGCGCCAGGCAGGCAGAAGCUCAGAUCUACUACGCCCUGGGUUCGCUGCACCAGUCCGCACACCACGACGCUCAGGCCUAUAUUGACCCGCCCCCCUCAGGACUCUCCGUCUCUCUUCUGAGGAACCAGCACUCUCCGCAUAGCCUGCACAAUAGCCACGGGGCAGAUCAGGAGCGGCAACUCUCCCCAGGGUCCUACCGGCCGUCGGUUUCGGUCCUCGGUGGCCCCGACCGACCCCCGAGCUCACUCCUACCUCAUUUCGUCAAGGGUUCCCUCAUCGAGCUGGCGGGGGGCCGUCUGAAGAGGGUGGAGGAGCUAAGGACAGAGGACUUCCUGCAAAGCGCUGACACCUCACCCGAGUUCCACCUGAGCACGUGCACCAUCCUGCGCAUCUCGGCCGGCCCGGCUGACGGCUUCAGCCACCUGCAGGUUCUGCUCACCGACCGCAACACUCAGGAAUUGCUCACAGUUUUAGAGGAGUAUCCGUUUUUCGUGCGGGACCGAGGCUGGUCUUCUUGCAACCCUCAGAGAAGUGCCCAGCUGUACAGGUUACCCUGUCGCCAGCUCAGCGUGGGUGACGUAUGCCUGGCGCUGACUCCGAUGCCCACCUCACCUUGCCCAAGCACCGCCGGGGUCACCGCCGGCCGCGCGCAGACCGGCUCGCCGGCUCGUCCCUACGUCCGCUCCUCCGCAGGGGCGGAGCCUGGCACGAACAAAUCGCAGAGGAUGCCUCCGCCCCCUGCCCGGCCCCCGCCUCCUCUGCCGGCUCCGCCCCUUCCCUGUGAUCCGCCGAGCGCAACUCAGGGGCGGCCGCGCCCCCGCAAGAGACGCUGGUCCGCCCCAGACCUGCGGACGGGGGAAGGGACCUGCCUGGAUUUACCUCAAAGCAGGAAGCGAGUGAGACAGUAGGAGUGUCUGCACAGCUCACACCCACCAAUCACAAUCGCCCGCGCUCACCGUCAGGCGCAAGGGUUUCAAUACAGACUGACCUUUCGUGACCUCGUGGUUACUCUGGAAGAGCCAUGGAAACUGUCCUCCCCUCUUGUUGUCUAUCGGGUAAUGCAGGCGUUGACGGGGAGGCUGGGGGUAAAUACAAAGUGCUAGUGAAGCCCAAAAUGCACAGCGAAACUGUCCGUCUUUAUGUGAGACAAUCAGAAUGACCUUUGACAUCACGCAGUUCUGUCUGUUUUAGUAAUGAUCGUCCUAUGCCUACCGACAGUGUUUUCUGCAGGGUAUCUCUCUUUUAACUCAGUAUUAUAAAGUAAAUAACAUUGGAUGGGGAAAAAAAACAAAUAUAUAAAUAUAUGAAUAUAUCUUAUUACAGGUGUUAUAUGAAUAUGCUAAAAAAAACAAAAACAAAUCUAAGGUUAAUGGUUCCUUUUGUAAUGCAGUUUUAUUUCAUGCUUACAAACUAAGCUCUGGUCUUCUGCCUGGCAGGUAGAGUGAAUGUAUCUGCAACCUUUAGCCAAGCUUUUCAGCGUGGGGUCAGCGUGGGGUCAGCGCGGGGUCAACGCCUUCAGCGUCACACUCCAGUGUGUUCUUACAAGGGAAACGACACUAAUGGUGGAAAGAAAGAGAUAAACAAUCCCUACUGCCCGCCAGCGCGACAGGCGGACGCAAGCGCAGACGUCCGUGGGUGUUUUUCCGUGAUCGUCCAUGUAGGAGAGUUUAACGGUGCUAACAACACACUGGAAGGUGACGCGCGAGGGGGCCUUUGACCUCACGACGUGCUUGUUUUGGUUUUUGUUGUUUUGUUUUUGUUUCUUUUUGUUUCUGUAUGUUCAAGAGCUGGGAUAAUAAAACUUAGGGGAAGUAUUUUGACCUCAGAUACGGGUAUUCAUUCUUGAUCAAGCACACUCUCUCACUUUAGGGGUUUUCUUUUACGGUUUGUUUUUGUUGUUGUUCUUUUUCCAGGAAAAGAAUGUUAUUUUUUUUUCUUUAUAAAUGUAUAGCUAUAAAAUUGUAUAUUUUUAAAAUUGUGAGACUGUAUUACAGUGUUCGCUAGAAAUAAAAGAAGGCUUUAUAGA